CCGCUCCAUCCACCUCCUACCCCCACUUACACCUCUCUUCUCGCGUUCCCUCCCUCCUAGAAGACGAUAGGUCUUCCCCGAGGAGCCAAGUCCAGUUCUGGUCGUUAUCUUCGCCAAGAACGAGUAUUCAAACUUACGGCAGCACGUUGCAAGUCCAAGCCACACAAUUCCCCCGCGACUAUCUUACGACUAUUCAAGACUUAAUUUGACGAGACGAAGGCGAACGGUGGCCUCCAGUAACGAAAGUAACGAGCGGUUGACGAUUUCGGAGGGAAAUAUGGACCAAGAACCGAUAGGACUGACUUUGGGGGCCGCGUUUUAUGGAUACACAAUUGGAGCAGCGCUGUUCGGUAUCACGAUAACGCAGGCCUAUCAUUACUUCAUGACAACAACGAAAUAUGGAGCUGCUUGGCAGCUGUACAUUGUUAUCAUGAUCCUGUGCGUUCAUUACAUCCCCCAAAUCGGAAAAUACCAUCCUGACGCCGUCGCAAACUCUCCAAGAGUCCUCGACACUCUUCAUUUCCUCUUUGCAGUGCAUAUGAUGUACACCUAUCUGCUUGUACAACUAGGUGACACCGAGGUAAUGUCGAAAGUAGUGGGGAGUUUGAAGAGCAUGGGUUCUGUUCAGGUGUUCUUCACAAUCUUCGUGCAAGCGUGCGUAAUUUUGAAUUGGGUUCGCCUCGUGGGUCCCUUCUCCACUUCUAUUAACACCGUUCUUCAGCCUCUACCUACACAAGAUCUGGACUUUUUCAAGAAACCAGCUGUUGUCAAAACGGUUUGGACGUGCGCUACGGGCGAUUGUUGCAAGUCUGAGCCUCAUGGCCAUCGAUCGAAACAGGGGUCGGAAUUUUUGCCUCUCCUCCGGUCCAAUGCAUUGAAUCCAGUAUUCUUGAUCGAAUUGCAGAAGAUCGACGAUAUCAAGAACUUUAGUCUCCGUUUCGAAUAUGUCAUUUAUGUCGGAUUUGGUGCCACAGCAUUCAUCGACAUGGGAAUCGCCGCUGCAAUGUGCUUGAUGCUGCACAAGAGCAGUCCAGGGACGAAACGGAGUAGUCAGAUUAUUGUCACCUUGAUUCAGUACAUCGUUGGGACAGGGCUACUGACGAGUCUUGGUGCCCUCUUGAUCAUGGUAUUGUAUAUUGCAUGGCCUAACUCGCUGCUAUAUCUCGGCAUUGAAUAUUCAAUGACUCGGCUCUACGCAAUCUCCGUCCUCGCCUUGUACAAUUCGCAAGCACGGUUACGAGACAAGCUCAACCAAACCCGAGAUCUCAACGGAGCAAGUAUGCUCUACUUUGCAGAGCCCGACAAGAUCAUCACACAUCAUGGAGGGACCGAAUCUCCAGUCGAUAUGAAUGGACACGCGCAUGACCCUCAACCCCGGCGGGGCGAUACCCUCGAUACCUUUGCAACGCCCAGCUCUGGGAGACACCUUACGAGGCUGUUCGAGAACUUGGAUGCCGAGGAUACCUUGGUGGAGAGGUCACCGCAGACGUAUGUUACGAGUGGAGCAGCGUUGACCGCCACAGCAAGUCGGAGUGGAAGAAAUGGAAGACACUAUACCGCCUGA